AUGGCAGCUGACACCAAGGAUACGCAAAUUGCCGACCUUGGGCACAAGGUCGGCAGCAGCGAAGAGGAACAUCACACCGACAACGAAAGCACCAUCGAGGCUCAGAGGUAUUCUUACACCGAAGACCGAAAGAUUGGAAUUACUGGCUCCGUUUUCUUGAUUUUGAACAAGAUGAUAGGGACUGGAAUCUUCUCAACCCCGUCCAGCAUUUUUGCAGCCACUGGUUCGGUUGGAAUCAGCCUCAUGCUGUGGGUUAUUGGAGGCCUACUCACCUUCUUUGGUCUCAGUGUGUUUAUGGAAUUUGGCCUUGCCAUUCCUCUUUCUGGUGGCGAAAAAAAUUAUCUCGAACGCGUGUAUCGUCGACCCCGCUACUUGGCAACAUGUGUUCUCGCUUCACAGAUGAUCCUUCUCGGCUUUUCUUCCGGAAACUCGCUUGCCUUUGGCAGAUACGUGCUCUUCGCAUCUGGGCGAGAGAUCCCGGAUGGCUGGGAGGCCCGCGGCAUCGCCAUCGCCUGCGUGACAUUCUCCGUUGUCCUGCACAGCACCUUGCCGAAAUGGGGAAUCAGACUGUUCAAUGUGCUUGGAACCUUCAAGGUCGUCAUCCUCUUGUUCAUCGUGUUUUCCGGGUUUGCGGCGCUUGCAGGUCACCGACGCGUGCCGAACCCACACAACUUUGACGGCGCCUUCAAAAUCGAGAAUGGAGAUGGCUACGGAGGCGGAGGAGCGUAUGCAUACUCAAACGCCCUUCUGAACAUCAUUUACAGCUACAAGGGUUGGGAGAAUGCCAACUAUGUUCUGAGUGAGCUCAAGCAUCCCCGGAAGACCCUGUCAAUUGCAGCGCCCCUUGCCAUCGGCGGCGUCACGAUCCUCUACGUGCUCGCCAAUGUCGCCUAUUUUGCCGCAAUUCCCAAGUCAGACCUUGCCAAGUCCGAGGUCAUUGUGGCUGGUCUAUUCUUUCGCAACAUCUUCGGGCAAAGUGCCGCAGCUCGCAGCUUGCCGGCGUUUGUUGCGCUGAGCAAUCUAGGAAACGUCCUCGCAGUCUCUUUUGCACACGCCCGCUUGAACCAAGAGUUGGCCAAGGAAGGGAUGCUGCCAUUCAGUCGUUUCUGGGCAUCGAACCGACCUUUUAAUGCUCCAGCGGCAUCGCUCUUUAUUCAUUGGAUCGUGACGGUAAUUGUCCUUGUUGCGCCACCUGCAGGCCCUGCGUACAAUUUCAUUGUUAACUUAUAUACGUACCCUGGUGCCUGGAUCAACGGCUUCGUCACCGCUGGCCUUAUCUAUCUCCAAUGGACGAAAUCGGAGAAUUGGAGUUCACCAUGGCACACUUACCUUCCCAUCUCUAUCCUCUACCUUCUAUCUAACAUCUUCCUCGCGUUUGUUCCCUUUAUCCCGCCCGAGGGUAGUUGGAAUGCUGACGGCUAUCCUUACUACGUAUUCCCUGUUGUAGGAGUGGGUGUUUUGAUACUGGGAGGAGUUUACUGGGCCCUUUGGACCAAGGUUCUUCCUCAAAUUGGUGGAUACAAGGUUGUGGCUGAGCGGACUUUUGAUGAGAAUGGCACGGAAGUCGUAAGAUAUCGCAAGGUUUCUGUCAAGGCGGAUUAG